CUGUCCAUCCGUCCAAGUGGGGUCCCCGGAAAGUGGGCCACCAGCCGAUAAACACCAGCCAAACGUGCUUUUCUCGUAUUCGCGACCAAGUAGCAGCCGAGAGAGCGUCUCGAGAAUGUCCUGAUUCGAAACACCACGUCGAACGCGGCCAACGAAAGUGCUUUUUCCGGUUCUAAUCACUCUAAUCUUUUUUUAUCACUAAAAACGGCGUUUUUUAAUUCAUUAUGUGCCGCGUAGUUUACUUCGUACUGUUCCUCGUUUGUUUUCAAAAAGUUUCCGCGUCCUUAACCCCGGAAAAUGACGUAGACGACAGUCCGAACCUACCCCAAGUUCCGGUGGACACCUUGGUUAACCUCACAGGCCACAACGAACUCUGGACGCUAUUACUGAAAGACUGUGAAAAACCAAGCUUAACGUGCGUGGAAAACAACGUUUACAAAUACUUUAAAAAGACUCUAGAUGAAACCAACGACGUGGAAUUCACGAACUAUCUCAAGUUCUCCAAAAACCAUCUCAAUUACGACAAAUACAAGAUAAUCUCAAACUCGAGCGAUGAUUUGGAAGACCCUGAAUACCACGAACACGAUUCCCCGAUCGAAUCAAUGUCAAGGUCGUUACAUGACGAUGCCACGAGGUUCCUGAUGACUCACGAUAUGGAGCUGUCACUUCCGGACACUCUGUUUCCCAAUAGUGUGCUGAGGAUCUCGCCGCAGGGGUACAAGGAUCGAGGGGCGUUGGUUAACUUGCAGGUGGUUUCCAGGGAUUUUCCUGAAGAUGAGGUAGCAGGAGUGGAGGAAGGGAGGACGAUCAAGAAAAUACAGAAAUUCAUAAGUGAGAAGCUGAUUUACGCCUUGAUAGCUAUUCUGUUAGUUAUCAAACUGUUAGCUGUGAAGUUUUUAUUCGUGCUGCCCCUAAUCAUUGGAGCUGCUACUGCCAAGAAACUUUUACUGAAAGUGCUGCUCUUCCUAUUUCCUGCAUUACAUCACUUCUUCAAAUUCUGUGCCUAUUAUCCGAUUCAAGCAAAAUACCAUCAUCACAAGCAUCUCAUAUCGCACAUUCAUCAGGUUGCUCCAAAUACUCAUCACCAUGAUCAUCACGAUCACCACGAAGGAAUUGAAGUAUCAGGACCGUAUUCCCAUGGGCCUCCUGUAGAAUAUGAAGGUCCACAUGACAUACAUCAUACAGAAUUCGAUGAUGAUAUUAGUGUAGUACCGGAUGAUGGAUCUAGCUUCCAUGGCUUAAUAUCGCACAGAAAAGAUCCAAACCGUAAAGAAAAUGAAAUCGAACCUUACAGUCCCAGUCAUCACAAUCGCAGGUAUCCUAGUAGGCCAGGCAAUGCAGCUGAUAUACAAAGAAUUAUUGCCAAAGCCGAGAGAGAAGCUUUUAUUAAAGCAAGAUUGAAACAAGCGCAAGAGAAAAUUCGAGAAGAAAACCUUCGUCUUCAGGAACAACUAAAUGAUGCAGUGAAACUUCAUGAAAAGUUGAAAUAUCAAACUACCAAGCUGCUUUCGUCUAAAUACUCCGCUACAAGACUAAAACCUUAUGGGCCUAAAUCAUCACCUCCUUACUCAACAGGGCCUAAAUCGACAUUACCGUUCCCUACAGGGCCUAUCACGCCUUCUAAUGCUUUGAACGGUCCAGUCAUUGAUGAUACAGGCAUCGACUUACCAACAGGAUACAUUCCAGAACCAAGUGGUCCUCAGAAAUCGCCAGCUAUAGCUCUACCUCAACCAACCGGACAUCAGCUAAAUCAAUUCAAUAAUCAAUACUACCCCUUCGAACAGUUACCUCAAUCACCCGUUAACUUUAGGCCAACUCAAUCACCAAUUUCUCAAGGACCAGUCUAUCAUCCAGAAUCGGUACAACAUGAUCCUCAUGGUCCAAUAUUCAAACCAUCUCAAAUAGCCAGUACAGUUCAAAGCAGUAAUAAUAAUUAUGGAACAAGUUCGGAUGUUUUGUUCCAAAAGGCUGUUGAAGUUGAUCCAAGGAAUGGAGCUGUAAUAAAUAGAAGACAGGAUAUCAAAUCGGAUUCUUCUAAGGAAAUUCAGGAUAUAACAAGAAUAAUAGAUGCACGAGUUGAAAACCCAUCAAAUAAAAAAAUCACUCAGGAUGAUAUCUACCAAGCGGCAGCCAUAACUUUUGACCCAUCCUAUUCACCGAUACUGGAUAAGAUAGAUAAAGUCCUAAUGGGAAUCGGCUUCAAAGAUGAACCCUGUAAGGAGAGAUUAGUCUGUAGUAUGUACAAGAAUCCCACCAAGUACAGUCCGUAUAGUAAUUUGCUGUCGGCUGAACUAAGCAGGGAUUCUGCCGAACUGGAAAAACCAAAAUCCACCAAUUCAGUUGUGAUACGUUUCUACAAGUACGUUCAAGCUGCCAGGGAUGGACAAGAUCAACGAGACUGUUUGAGACUAUAUCCAAAUUGUAAUAUAAAUACAGAAGUAUCUUGAAAAUUACCAAGAAACUGCUCUGCAAUUAUAACUUCAUUAAAUGAAAAGUGAUAUAGUGAAAUUAGUGUAUUAGACUGUAAAAUCUACCUAUAUAAUUCCAAAGUUCUCUUCAACUUGAUUCUAGUUCAUUUUCAUUUGAUAUUCAUUGGGAAAUUAAAAAUAUCUUUUAGUAUCAAAAGUUGACAAUGAUAUGUUAUUCUAUUCAGAAUUUCCUUUCUAUUAAA